AUGGGUUAUGCACGACUGAUCGUAUUCACCUGUUUAAUAGCUGUCGUAUUCAGCAAUUCAACUUCUACAGCCCUCAACAAGCGCGCUUCACAAUUUGAAGAAGAUCUAACAGUUGCUUUAGCCGACGCUAUUCUUACUUUUGAAGGUGGAAUAGGGGAAGAGCAACAUUUGCCAGCCGCUUCUGAGAUACGGGAGUUUCAACCAGACAGCCCAGAGAUAAAUGAUUUGCGAUUUCACGCACAGUUAUGUCACACGGUUAACUGCCGUGAUAGCUUGAACAACUGGGACUGUGAAGAAUGCUUGCAAAUUUUACCAGAUGGCGAAGUACUCAACUAUUUCAAAACGGCUCCACAUGAUAUUGUGGGUCAGAUCAUUCGAAGUAAAGCACUAACGAAUCAUGAUUUCGAAAGGCGCAAGACUGUAUUUGUUCAAAUAAGAGGAGCUACAUCAAGAACCAACAAGAUUUUGACUCUAGAUGGCAGACUUGUUCCUUAUCUUCCAGCACCCGGUGGAUUUGUUAACAGUGGUUGUUUCCAAGGAUUUUCCGAGAUAAAUCAAACAAUGAUUACCACUAUAUCAGACCAGGUUGAACUAUAUCCAGAUUAUAGAGUACAUGUAAUAGGGCACUCUUUGGGAGGAUGCAUUGCUUCCUUGGCAGGUUUGGAGUUACUUCAGAGAGUCCACAAACUCAAAAGUACAAAGCUAUCGGUAUAUACAUUAGGAAAGUCGCGGGUUGGUAACCAAGCAUUUGUUGACUAUCAUGAUAGCACCGGGAUCGAUCACAAGAGAAUGGUGGCCAAAGCAGAUGCUAUAGCUCAUCAGCCGCCUUUGAGUAAAGGGUAUUUGCAUGAAGGCGUAGAAUAUUGGAUGUAUGAUGAUAACCAGCAUACCAAAAGAUGCGGAGGAAAAGAGUCGCGCAGUUGCUCCAAUUCUGUUGUCAAACGAACUUCAGCUGACCAUUUAUUAUAUUACGGUACUCAUGAAGGGUGUGUUGGGCAGGAUAUAGUGUAG